AUGACGACCUACCUAAUCACGGGCGCAACCCGCGGCAUCGGCCUCGAACUCACGCGCCAACUGGCCGCCAAACCCGCCACGGAAGUCCGCCAUAUCUUCGCCGCCGCGCGAUCGUUGUCAUUAUCAUCAUCGACAACAUCAACAGCGAAUCAAUCCACCCCGCAAACACCCUCCGACUUCCAGACCCUCGUGAAAGAGCAUCCCUCGCGCAUCACCCCCGUCCCACUCGACGUCACCGACGAAGCAGGCGUGCGACGAGCCGCGCAGUUGGUCGAGCAGGCACUGGAGGGCCGGGGAUUGGAUGUAUUGAUCAACAAUGCAGGAGUGAUGGGGCGGGUGUCGUUGAUGGAGAUGAACGACCUCACCUCCUCCUUCGACGUGAAUGUCAACGGCCCGCACCUCGUCACGCGCGAGUUCCUCCCGCUGUUGCGGAAGGGGACGAUGAAGAAGAUCGUGAAUAUGUUAGUCGUCUAUCCUUCUUCUCCGUUCCAUGGCAGUAUGCGGCAGGCAACUGACAAAAGCAGCUCCACAACCCUCGGCUCCUUCGCGAUGCAAUCAGUGUACCGGGAGGCCAGGAGUCAAUCCUACAAGAUCACCAAGGCGGCGCUGAACAUGCUUACCGUGCUGUAUGCGCAGGAACUCGAGCAGGAGGGGUUCGCGGUGUUUUGCGUUAGUCCGGGGUGGCUACAAACCGAGAUGGGCGGUCCGCGAGCGGAUCUCCCGGUGGCCGACGGCGUGCGCGCCACGCUGGAGAUCAUCCUCAACAAGGGGAAGGAGGGGAACGGGCGGUUUUUCAAUAUCCAUGUUCCGGGCUGGAACUCGGGGUGGAAUCGGUAUGAUGGCGGGGAGUGUGCGUGGUAGGUUGGUUGCCCUUCUCCGCAAAGGGGAGGGGGGAAGAGAAUAGGUGUAGGAACGAAACGAACCCCUUUCGCUUUGGUCAAAGGAAGUCCAUUCGAAUCUACUCCUGCUGCCUAAAGCAAAGACCGUGGACAAGGAUGCUCAACCCCGAACACCCUCGAGAAUCUUACCAAUCCCAUCCGUCCAUCCAUCCAUCCAUCCAUCCAUCCGAACAAACAAAAACCAUCACCAGCAACCA